UAUUAUUGCGAAUGGCUGUGAGUUUUGUUCACUUUUUAGUGUGAACUACCACAAAUCAGCUGCACCAUACAUCGGAUUUCAUACGACAACAGAAUGCAGGCGUCUAUCGUUCAUGACAUGACAAUUGUCACCAUUAGAGAGCUGAAAAUUAAUUUGUGGCAUAGUACUAGGCGCAGUAGUAAAGACAAUAGUCAGCCGUUGAAUUUUGUAAUUGGAGUUGGGUUAGGGCUGUUAAUCGCGCCCGAAAAUGCAAUGGAAUGAUUAAAUCGGCGGUUGAUAAAGUCUGCAGUGUGCGGAGUACUUAAUGUUCUCUGUUGAUGGUGUGACAGGUGCUUAGAGCUGGAAAACUAUCGGUCAUUAUCGAUAAGAAGUAAAAUCAACCAAUAAGCAAACAAAAAGGAUUCGUGUAAAAUUGUAAUUUAAUUGUUCACCGUGAAAAUAUAUACAAGUGCUGCACUAUAUCCAUUAUAAGUCGAUUAAAAAUGCUUAAAAACGCCUUCGUUAUCACUUUACUCAUAGUUGCUACCUGGCAUUUUUCAACGCUGGAUGCGGGUCGGCCAAGUAAUUAUGGAGGACAUCGUGGUUAUUUUGGUGGCUAUCAACCAACGCCACCAGCGGCAACUGAACCACCACAAACGCCUAAAGAGUAUUUGGACAAAAAGUCUGGUUUCUCGACUUUUGGCAUAAUUUCAAUCAUAUUUGUAAUAAUUUUAGCCUGUUUGGUAUUCUACUAUGGCAUUAUGUGUUAUCCGUUUUUGUGUCGCGAUGAAAAAAAAUAUCGCUUUAUGGAUGUCUCAUCGACCAUCACAUCGGCCACUUCACGUUCAAUACAAUCUAUAGAAAACUUUCCGGUAGAUCAAAAACAUUGAAGGCAGCAAUAGCGCUGUGGGGGAGUCUUUGUAAUGGUGGUGUUUUUUUUAAAUCGGAAUACUAAGGAACUCGAAAGACUAUGAAAAUUAUUUUCUGCUUUUAAACUUUUGAAUUUAUAAAAAAUUUUACAUCGUAAUUCGGUAAUGGUUUUGUAAUAUGAUAUUUCUCUACUUUGCAUAUUUUAAAAGGUAAUUUACUUCCACGAAAUGGCUCAGUUGCGGAUAGAUGAUGCGUCAUCAAUUUUACAAGAAGUCACUACUUACGUGCCAAAAUUCAUGCUUUACCUAAUUUUAACUUCUUACAUACGUAAUACAUUCGAAUAAUUUGAAUUCUGAUGAAAAAUCUUGUGGCAUACAAAUUCACUGCCAGUCGGUGAUACUACAAUCGUCUUGUUUUACUUUGCAUAAAACGGAGGACAAUUCUUGCCUUUAAUAUACAAAAAAAAAAGUAUACUCUCUUAAUAUACAAAUAUUUUUAAAUACUCCAGGUUGUGUGAAAGAAAUAACCGUACUUAAACCGAUUUUUGAACAAAAUAAAUAAGUUAAUAUGUAAGUUUAUUAAGCUCCAACCACAUAUAUAUGUAAAUGUACAUUUCGUCAUCUUAAAUGCAAAAAGCCAACAAACAUCGUCACGUCAUAAAGGGGCGUGGAUACUCCUAAUUCGGUGAAAUGCAUCAUAAUCAAUCAAAAAGUGAAUUGGACUUUUUGUUAGUUAUGGCGUUUGCAUUUCAGGUGACGAUAUAUACAUAUUCGUGAGUGUUAAAAGCUUUACGUUUUUAUAAAUUUAAUUAAAAUCCAAUUUUGCUUACAAAACUCGAAAGUACUCGAAAAGAACAAUGAAAAAUGCUAAUGCUCGGUUGCACCAAUCAAUUUUGAAUUUAUCAACCUGUUAAAUUUUAAAAUGACACAAUUUUGUUCGGAAAAAUACGCCUUGGUCUCGUACAUUUUAAAAUUGUUUGGUGGAACUGGGGAUAGGAAAAUUAAUAUAAACACGUUCUCGAAUCAUCACAAA